UGCGUCUGCGUCUCUUCAAAAUAAGUUUCGUCUUCUGAAUAGUUCUAAGCCAUGGUGGUAGAAGCUGAGGUCGAAGAAAAUUGGGACGAUGAUCCCGUGACCGCGACCCCGGAAGUCGCGCUAGGGCAUCUGGCUUCUCCACCGUUAAGCGAGUCAGCUGCGCUCCAGCCAACCUUAAAAGUCACUGACGGCUACAAGUACAGCUACGAAGCCAACGUUAGUCCGGCAAACGUUGACGACUGGCUUGAACCAUCUUUGUACUGCAGUCAGCCCACCAUCAACGGGUAUGCACGGAACCCGCGUGGGAAUUAUGAAGCUGAAUCACAGCCCUUUCGAGGUAGAGGCAGAGGUAGAGGCCGAGGCCGAGGCAGAGGCUUUCAGUCUCGUAACUUUGACAGGAGCCAGCAGGGCUCUCCUGUUCCUGCAGCUGACAACAACUGGGAAUCAGCUGCAAACGAUGAUUGGGACGCCCCAAGCAGGCCUUCCUCGGAACAAGCCUCGAAUAUACCGGUCUCGCUUGCUAAACCUUCCAACAAUGCUGAUGAAGAAAACUGGGACGAUGAGCCGUCAGCUACAACUGCUCCUCAGAAUGUCACACCUGCUCCAAGGACGAUGGAAUUUUUUGCCAACAAAGCAGACGAUCGGGAACCUGUGUGUGAUAGUCGUAACAGACGUGAUACAAAUAAUACAAUGCCUGUAGGAAAUGAUGAAAAUUGGGAUGACGAGCCAAUGGAACAAUCUACGAGUGCCCCGAAAACGUUGAGCUUUUUUAAUCCAAGUGGAAGUAGUAGUCAGCAACCUGAAUCCAGCAAUAGCUUUGGCCGUGACAACUCAGCAACUGGUGUUGACAACGAUUGGGAUAGUGGACGGUCAACUACAACCAACUCUCGAAAUUCCACAUUCAGAAACAAUCGGUCAGAUUCCUUCAACAGAAGUAAACAAUUUGACCAGCGACCAACAUUUGUUAGUAAUACAGUAGCCAAUGAAGAAAAUUGGGAUGACCCAGCAGAAGCUACCUCGCAAAAUACCACGCCUGCUGCCAAUUCAUUGGGAUUCUUCAAUCCAAACAAAGAAAUCCAACAGUCCAGUACAAGUUAUAACAAUAGUAAUAAUAGAGAUCAUUGGAGAGGUAGGCAAGAUCGUCGAUUUGAUAAUAAACCAAGAGAAAGAUUUGAAAGGAACAAGACCCUACACGAUAAUAACAAUAGCAAUGCCAACGUUGGAGAAGAAAAUUGGGACGAACCUUCAGGAGAGUCGUCUACAACUGAGAAGCAAGCACCUACUGGGUUACCUCAUAAUAAUAGCUACAACAGAGAUCAUUGGGGAGGUGGGCAAGAUCGUAGAUUUGAUCAUAAGCCAAGAGAAAGAUUUGAGAGGAACAAGACCUUUCAAGAUAAUAACAAUAGCACUGCCAACGUUGAAGAAGAAAGUUGGGAUGAACCUUCGGAAGAGUCAUCUAUUACUGAGAAGCCAGCACCAGCACCUACUAGAUUACCCUUUUUCAAACCUAGUGCUCCAUUCAACACAACUGAACAGUCUUCACAGAACAGCAGUUGCUUAGAUAAUACAUCAAAUACAGUACCCAUACAAGCUGCUGCACAAGGUGAUGGAGAGAACUGGGAUGAACCUAGUGAUGGGGCUCCUCAGGAAAAAUCUGUCCAGCCAGUGGUUUCAUCUUCUUCUGAGCCUAACAAUGAUGACUGGCUGGCAUCCGAUAAUUCGAAUAAUAAAAGUCAUGAAAAUAAUGACGACUGGUUAGCAUCAGGUAAUUCAACUAGUAAAAGUUAUGGGAAUAACAAUGAUGACUGGCUGGCAUCUGAUAAUCCAAUGAAUAAAAGUUACGAAAAUAAUUGGCACUCAAAUAAACACAGAAAUUCAAGGAAUUUUGACCGCAACGACUCUUAUGGUAAUGAAUCGCAUAGAAGAAAUUUCAGAGGCAGUUUCAGACACAGGCCUUACGACAAAGAAAACAGAGGAAGCAGAGGAGGUAGAGGAGGUAGGGGAAACAGGGGCGGACGAGGAAGUAGAGGAGGUUGGAAUGAUAGAUAUGAUAACAGAGAUGGUGGAGAUAAUGCUGACAACUCCUUUGACAGAAGGGAUAGGGGUGGUGGUGCAAAUAGGAGAAGUAGAGGAAACUGGAACGACAGAGGUGGAAGAAGAGGUAGAGAUAAUUGGAAGAACAAUGAUGACUGGCAAAAUAAGAAUGACAGGCCGUACCGGCAAAACAAUUUCAAUAGAAAUAAUAAUGACGAAGGAUUCAAUCAGUUACCAACAAAUACGUUUAAUACUGUUGAAGCCGAACAGGAAGAUUGGGACUCACCAUCUGGCACUGUGCAAAAAACUACGGAUGCGGGAUCCACAGGUCCUCAAAAUAAUAAUUCUGCUGCUCAAGCACCUCGAUCACUGCCAAUUGUGGUUUCCAAUAGCACUGCUGUAGAAAUGGAGGAAAGUUGGGACUAAUUGGUGGAUAUGCUAUUUUGAGUCAGUUUUUUUUUAUUUAAACGUUAAUUUCUGCAAUAUUGUAAAAUAGUAGUUGGAUUAGAAUAGCAGAAAUAUUUAACAAAUUAGUCUCCAGUAUUUUGUAAAAUUUUUACAAACCAACAAGUUGUGUGAUCAUUACUGUGUAAACUAAAAAUUAACUCUUAGUUGAUCAGACUAUUCAGUGAAUAAUUGGCUAUAUUCUAAAACUUUGUACCUGGUACUGAAAUGCAUUGAUCAAAAACUGCCAAAAUAUUCAUGAGUUCUUUAGCUAUAAUUUUGGAUACACUAUUCAAAUAAGACCCAUUGAAAUGUCUUAAUAUUUUCCUAAUACACAUUAAUUAUUAUCUUUUAAAAAUUAGCUGUACGACUUUGAUUGCCUUGUACCAGGAAAACGUAAAUCAA